AACAGAAUAUUGUAGGUAUUGAACUCAAGCUCUCGACUAUUACUGUUAGCUUGCCGCUAACACUUUAACCAAAAACCCAUUGGAAAACAUAGUGGCUAGCUUGCUGCUAAUAAGUUACCUAUAACUAGGGUGACCAGACGUCCUCUUUUACCCGGACACGUCCUCUUUUACAGGACUUUUUAUAUGUCUAAUCGACUCGGUUUGUUGUUUAUAUGCUACACGAAUGCUGUGAGGUCAAACAGAAUUGUGUAGGUCUUGAACUCAAGCUCUGGACUAUUACUGUUAGCUUGCCGCUAACCCUUUAAGCGAAAACCCAUUGGAACACAUAGUGGCUAGCUAGCUAGCUGCUAAUAAGUUACCUAUAACGCUUAAUUGAUUGUUGUUUACUUUGCACAUGAGCACAUUUUGGGACGAAUGACCCAAUCCAAUAUUAGCGAUCUCAGUCACUACGCGGAGUUUGAGUAUCUAAUCAUGUAUUUAAUGAUGACUUUAUUGACAACACAAAACUGUGGGUGCUUCCAACAUAACCGCGAGCGCUAAAAAGCAAAGCCCACCUGGCUGUCCCUAGCAAAGCUCAACUUUGCUAAUGUGCAACAUUAGCGCAGCACUGCAACCGAACAAAAGUGAUUUUCCUGACCACGCCCCCCAUCCGACUUUACGCAUGCGAUUUAACGCAUGUAAUUUGUGCCGUGGACACGUACAGUUAAUCUCUGAUUCGCCUUCCGAAGCAGAAGGCGGUGCUAAUGCGCAUACUACACUGAUUCCUUAGCUCUGGAAAAAAAACUGAAAAGUUUAAACGGUUGAGAGUUUGGCGGGAAGCAACAGAAGGCCUGCAGAAAGUUACUACCUACACGGCAGCAUUCAGCAUUACUCGACUUACUGUAAGUUUUGAAUGUUAAUAUUUAUUCACUUUUACUUCUUUCAUACAUUUGUUGGUGUGUUUGUCUCAAAGAGCGUAGACCUUCUCUAAGCCCCCGCCCUUCACUGGCUUAUCACGGGAGUCUUGUAGGGCAUUGCCAACUUGGUGACGUUAAGUCAGAUAUAGGUUAGCUGCUAAAGGGCUAGCCACUUAGCGGACCACUAAUGUUACACACUCCAGUCACUAGACUAUUACGGCUGCGAGCAACCAUAUUCUUCGUGAGUGGUCUUGAAUGAAUCCUGGCGACCUAAGCUUACAAGCAAAGCAAUGAUUAUAUAUGUUUAAGAAUUGGUGUUUAAAACAUUCAAAGAAUGUGUUGCUAGUGCUACCCCCCACCCCUCAUUCCGCUAGCAGCACAGCGUGUUUUGGGGGACUUUCCCUUCAUGAUACAGACUAAAUUGUAUUUGCCAUAGUCUCAGUUUACUAUUGAUAGAUGUAUUUUGUAUUGGGUAACGUAUUUUAACGUACUAAAUGGAACUUGCACCUAAUAGUGAGGACGUGUAAAUGUUAAGUUAUAACUAAGUGUUACGUUGAAACUCUGCUUGGUGCAACCGCUUAUUUUUUAGUAGUGCGUAAAGUCGAACGCAUGGGCCAUUUACGUCCACCGUAGCCUUUUUAAAGGUUAUUAAAAGAGCAUGAACGAGCAUAAUAGGGCCUCUUAGCUCAAACUGAGUUCCUACACUAAGAGUUCACGUUCAACUGCCCGCCCACUUGUGCUGCGUCGUUUUUAAAAUAAAAUAAAUGCCAUUAUUGUUGAUUAACCAUGCAGAUAAGUGCAAGUGCUGCUGCUUUUCGUUACAGUAGGCUAAGGUUAAUUUUGCUUGAUGGCUUUAGUAGCUUGACACUGGGGAUCAAAUGAAAAGAUCAUUAACAGGGGAAUUUAUGAAUGGAAGUAUUUAUAAUUUGACACUCUUUGAAUGCUUCUAAUUGUUCAGUUUCAGAUCAGUUUAUGCCCUUUCAUCUCCCUGUUCCAGUUUCAUGAAGUUAAGACAGUUAAGGAAGACAACUGGAGAUGUGAUAAAGAUACCAGCUCUACCAGAGGUUGCUCAAGUACACAUUAGAGAACAAACAACUAGUGACACAAUCUACAAGACAACAAAUGUGACCAUUGAUGGCACAGACUAUGUCUGUGGAAUGUUUCUGUCUGUAGGAGUCAGUGGUGGACUGUCGACAUUUGGCAAAAUAGAAGAGAUCUUUCUUGUGAAUCACAACGUAUCUUUUCUGUGUUGUGAUUAUGACUCCUGGUAUGUAGAACAUCUACGGUCCUAUGAGCUGUCAACUGCAGACAUAAGCCUGUCGAUCCACCUGCAGUCUGGUCUGAAUGAUACAGUCCCUCUCUGCAUACAAGAUAGACGGCUCGCUGCUGCUGACCCCCAAGCGGUUCAUUCAAGUGAGACAGAACUGAGUUCAGCACAAUGGCAGCUGCAUCCCCACAACCAAUGAUUCUUCGUGUUGUUGAGCCAGACCAGGCUAGAAAAUUAAAACUCAGCUCACGACCAACCUCUGUUGAUGCACUGAUCAACAUUAUAAAAGAACAGCUGGAAAUCAACCUUGACUUCGAUUUGCUUUACGAAGAUCCAGACUUUGAAGGGAAACUUACUUCCCUUACAGACAUUGAGGAAUUGCCACAAAAAGCUGUUGUGCACAUCUCACUUUCACAAGACUCCAGCUCUAUUGCAUCUACUGUUCUACUUUCAGAUGUGUCAUCUCCAGAGCGUCUCAGCAGGUGGCCUCCAGGUCCUUUCCCUGUUCCCACAUUUGCAUUUGAUGUUGAACUAAAACUUAGAGAUGGAAAUGCGGAAUAUAAGAAGAACAACACGCACCUUAAGUUGACAAGAGACCUAAAGCACGACAUUUUAGAAAAGCUUGCAUCUACUAUAUAUGGUUUUAAGGCUUACCCAAGUGAUAAAGAGAUUGCAAAGGCUGCUGAGGCUCUUGUAGCCAAACAUCCCUGCUUGAAGGAAGCAGGAUCUGAGACUGGCUGGAAUGGAUGGAAAAACUCCAUCAAGUUUAAGAUGGGCAAUUUCAGGAACAAGAUGAGACGGGCUGGAUGUCAGGAGGUCACUGUUAAUGCUGGAAAAAGAAGUAGAAGUUAUCCUGAAAAUGAAUCUUCACAUUCCAACAUUAAAAGACCCAAGCGAGCAGAAGUCAACUUCCUACCAAACUUUCCCCAAGGAAAGGAUCCUUCAAGCCUUGAGCAGUUGAGGCAGACAAUUGUUGAAGAAGUCAAGAAGACUGAGAAGAACCUGCCCCUCAUUAGAAAGAUGAUGGAGACCACAUUUCCCCUACGCCGACAGACCAUAGUGAUGUCCUGCCCACCAGUGAACGAGCUCAUGGACCUCUGGCCUGCUCUCAAAAUAGAGUCUGAGUUGUAUGCAGAGUUCCAGCGGAUUACGAAUCAGAACCUGCCCAACACAUUCUAUGCUGAGCUUGACCGCCAUCUUCCUCGACUGAUGACCUUAUUCAGACAGAAGGCAUCAAAAACUGGAAAGACAGCAGAUGCUCUGGCUGAAAUUUUAAAAAUCCACGAUGAACUGGAAAUCCAUGACAUCCACACCAAGCGCAUUACUGUUCUCCACGCCCUUCCAGUGUAUCUGCACGAGGACGUUUCUGGAUUUUUCAGAACCUGCACAGACGAGUCUGAUGAGCUGGAGCUUGAUGGCGUUGCAGUGGCCCUCCUUACGGUCAUCAGUGACAAUGACACACGUCCAGUUCACCACCACCCUGUGAGAAUCUCUGUAAUCAUUGAAAGUGAUGCCGUGGUCAGCCUCCCCAGACUUAGCGAUGCCUUCCUGGUAAUCUUUGGACUGAUAUAUGCACUACACCUCAGCUACCCCAAAGCACUGACCAACACUUUUGAAUUCACUGAAAAGAUUUUACUUGGUCUAGAAAGUGGUAAACUGUCACCCAGGUUGCAGACCCUCAAGAAUGACUUGUUGAUGUAAGUGACUGAUGGAGGAGGUGGAGAGGGAGGUGACUGAUGG